CUGAAGUGUCUCCAUUCGCCGCGUGAUAUGGCAAUUUCAAUCUCUGUUCAAUGUCUCGGCCUCAUUACACUCGCUGCAAUCCUCCUUCAGACCAUCGCGGUUGCCGUCAGUUUUAUAUACUUCAACAAGGUUCUGAACACGAUGCAGGAGAGCUUUUCUCGGAGCAGCGUGUCGUGUCUGAUAAAUGCAAAGCUGCAUUUAGGGUCUGAGGAUCCACCAGCUGACGACCAAAGAAAAGACCCCUGUUGGCAGGUCACACAACAGCUCCACUACCACAUCGAAAAGAAGAUUGCUGACAGAUUCCAAAAGGAGAUGUCCACUGCUGUGAGAAAUAAGCUGACCGGAGUGCUGCCUGUACUGCGCCCUGGGGUCCGAGGGGUCCCUCUGCCUAAAGUUGCUGCCCAUGUAACUGGUGUUAGCUCAUCAUUGAAGCUUCCAGCAGCAGAGAGCUCGCCAAGCAGCAAGGGUUAUUUAGGGGAGCGCAUCAGAGAGUGGGACGGCCAGAGAGGCCUGUCCUUUCUGGAGAACAUGGAGCUGAGGGGGGGUGAGCUGCUGGUGCCCAGAGCAGGCCUCUACUACAUCUACGCACAGACAUACUUCAGACUUUACUCCACAGAGGAGGCAGAAGGGGAACCACAGGAAGAGGAGGGCACAGAGCUCGUCCAGUACAUCUACAAAAAGAUGAGUUCCUACACAGGCCCCAUAUUGCUGAUGAAAUCAUUUCAGAGUGCCUGCUGGCCCCGGGGCCCCGAGCCUGGUGUCUUCUCACUGCACCAAGCAGGUACCGCCUUCCUACAGCCCGAUGACCGCCUCUUCAUCACUGUCAGCAACGCCACCGCCAUGGAGAUGGAUGGGAGCGCAAGCUACUUUGGGGCUUUCCUGAUUGGCUAG